CAUUUUUCAGCCACCAGUUGCUAGUUCAUCUUUCGAUUUCUUUCGUGAAUUUUUGCUAAUUAUUGUCUACAAUGGCCCGUACCAAGCAGACUGCUCGUAAGUCCACUGGAGGUAAAGCGCCGCGUAAACAGCUGGCUACUAAAGCAGCACGCAAAUCCGCCCCAUCCACUGGAGGUGUUAAGAAGCCUCAUCGCUAUCGUCCAGGUACCGUUGCGCUUCGUGAAAUUCGUCGCUACCAGAAAUCCACCGAACUCCUGAUUCGAAAACUUCCAUUUCAACGCUUAGUGCGUGAAAUCGCUCAGGACUUUAAAACCGAUCUGCGUUUCCAGUCGGCUGCUAUUGGCGCCCUGCAGGAGGCCAGUGAAGCCUAUCUGGUUGGUCUUUUCGAAGAUACCAAUCUAUGCGCAAUUCAUGCCAAGCGUGUUACAAUCAUGCCAAAAGACAUUCAGCUGGCUCGUCGUAUCCGUGGUGAACGCGCCUAAGAAAAUUUUAUUACGAUCAUGUAUAAUUUAUCAUUCACCACCAAUCCAAAUGUGUUGUAACUUUUGAUUUUUUUGAUACUGCCUCAAACAGUUAAACACACGACGUUUCUAAUUGUAAAAAAAAAGUCACAUAUAAUUCUAUAGUAUUUCCCUGCUACAUUCUGAUAUACUAUUAUUAUGUUUCCGAUUCCCUACUGAAACUAACUUAAUUUGUUCGCCUUUCACCAAAUUUUUUGUAGAAAUUAAAUUGUCUUAAAUCUUUAGUUUACUUUUUUUCUUUACUUAAAGAUUUUUGGGAUCCGAGAAAAACAUUCGG